UUAUCACGCGGCCGCGUUAUCAGUGCACGUAUUACACUUGCGUACGAGCGUUUAUUACCUAAUACUACGACAUCGACCACCACACACGGUCACUGUGCACUGUCGAUAAACUCAUGCUGUAGAACUGUUCGCGGCCGUAACUUAGCGGACAGCCGAACAACAACAAUAAACGUGAGCCCCGUGUGCCGUGCGCGUCUAUGUUGCAGUGCUCGUUUGACGCACACGCGCUCGCACGUACACACACACGCACACUCAAGCGUGCGCGCGCGCGCGCGCACGCGAGCGAAACGUUAUUGCACCCGAAGUUGGUGAUCGUCGGUGCUUGGAGUAUCACGGUCGUUGUAGUACAUUGGUGCAUUUGCAUCAAGUGUUGGACACGUUCCGUAUCACUUCAUCCUGUCUAAUAGUGCUGGCCGGACGCCGACGAAGGGGUACGUAGUGCACGGACUGCGAUUGGAAGUAAGCAGUGAGCUUCUUCUAGUAGUCGACGUCAUUACACACUCAUCUCGCAAAGCGAACUGAUACGACUGACGUUACGGUGAAAUGACGACCAGAACGGAUCCGAACAUACUGAUCAGUCGUGUGCGCCGAACCCUGAACAAUGCCAUCAGGGACGAGAAUUAUUACAUGGCUCAUCAAUUAUACAUGUCUCUCUAUUCCAGGUACAUAGGCAUACAGAACAAAGAGGCUGCAAUCAGGACUCUGCAUGAAGGCAUUGUUGUACUAAUGAAUAAACAUCAAAAUAAUCUAGCUAUCGCCUUAUCAGAAAUGUUUGCACAAUCAUUAUCAACACAACGCAUCAUUCCUAACGAUGAUAUAUUUGAUUUCGUAAAAGAAAUAUUCAGCAAACUUGGUCCAUCACAUGCUACCGAACGAGAAUCCAUGUUGAACACUAUCGUCCAAUGGACAAUUGAAUUUUGUCCAGAAUACCCACACGGUCACCCAAGUUUACAUAAAGAUAUAGGAUUUGUUUACUGGUCAGAGUUCAAUUAUACAUCAGCACAAUACCAUUACUUAAGGUCAUCAGAUGGCUUAGGAUUUGCUGCCAUGUUAGUAGAAUUGCAUAGAACAAGAGGAUUCAAACAUGAAGUAGAUUUAUUUAUAGCACAAGUCGUACUGCAAGGGUUGUGUGUGCGUAACAAAAUAAUUGCGCAAUCUACGUUUCAAUCAUAUACUAAAUUACAUCCUGCUAUCAAAGGUGAACCACCAUUCAUAUUGCCAUUACUCAAUUUUCUUUGUUUCUUACUUAAAAUAUUAGACAGCGGUCAGUUAAAAACUUAUAUAGUACUUUGUGAGCAAUACCAAACGUCUUUGAUUAGAGAUCCAAGCUAUACUGAAUAUUUGGAUAAAAUUGGGCAAUUAUUUUUCAAUGUCAAACCAAUUGAAAGGAGACCUAGACAACAACAUGGAUUUUUAGGUAAUUUGUUAAGUACACUGAUGGGAGACUGUGAUCGCGAUGGAGAGGAACGUCCAUCUUCAUCACGUCCAAUGAAUGUAGAACCUCUUGAUUAAUUCAAACUUUAUUUCACUAAAUAUAUUUAUUUUUUCUUUCAAA